AUGGAGGAAAAGAAGAGCAAAGUGAUAUUACAUGGGAUGUGGGCAAGCACAUACUCAAAGAGGGUUGAGAUCGCCCUUAAACUCAAGGGUAUAUCCUACGAGUACGUUGAAGAAGAUCUAAAGAACAAGACGGAGACGCUCAUUCAGCUCAACCCUGUUCACAAGAAGAUUCCUCUUCUUGUCCAUGAUGGUAAACCAUUGGCUGAGUCACAAGUAAUUCUUGACUAUAUCGAUGAAACGUGGAAGAACUCUCCUCGUUUCUACCCAGAGGAUCCUUAUGAAAGGACCCAAGUUCGAUUCUGGGUCAGCUACAUCAACCAACAGGUGUUUGAUAUUAUGGCUCGAGUACUGUACCAAAAGGGUGAAGCUGCAACAAGGUCUGUGGAAGAGGCUAGAGAGAGGUUCAACGUUCUUGAAGAGGGACUCAAGAAACACUUCCCCAAUAAAAUCAUCAAGGGGAAUGAUGAUGUAGGGCUUUUGGACAUCAUUAUCAUCGCUUGUUUUGGAGUCCACAAAGUUUUUAAUGAAGCAAUAGGUGUAGAGAUAAUCGGUCCAGCGAGCACUCCGACUUUAUACAACUGGAUAGAGCGUCUGCAACAGCUGCCUAUGAUCAAAGAAGUCGAAGUGCCACAUGAUAGGUUGGUGACCUUUCUCCAGAAGUAUAGACAAGAUCAUCUCCAGCAGGCUACAAAUGCGUAAUGGGAUCAAUAUGUUGGUCUAGUGAUUUAAUGUUUCAGAGGACCCUAGGUUUAAGUAAAAAAUAAUUCCCUCAGGCAUCCAUCUAUGGAUUUGUGGCAGCUACUAUUGUAUGAGAGUGAAACUAAAUAAAAUGUUUGUGGUAUCUCCAUGCUCUAUUGCUACGGAAUACACUUUGUUGUUAUGCGCAAUUUUUUCCAUUUUAGUUAAUACCGAAUGAUG